AUGACAUUAGUGAUCUUCAGUCAAAAAAACUGUUUUAUUUCCACCUCCAGUCGCUACCUCCUCAUGGCUAUGUCAUUGGCUGACACAGUGGUCCUUAUUCUUGUGGUUGGCAUUGAGAUCAUUGUAGAAUGCUUUUGCACAAGUCCAUUCUGGUACAGAGAUCCUUGGUGCACGUUGCGGGAUGUGUUCAACUAUGGUGCAGUUAACACUUCUGUCUGGCUGAUGGUUUCUUUUACCAUUGAGCGUUUCAUUGCAAUCAACAAUAUCAAGCUCAGGAUGAAAAUCUCUUCUCCCAGAAAAACAGUUCAUGUUAUUGUUGUGAUUCAUGUUUGCUGUUAUACUGUGGCCAUCCCUCACUAUUGGUCUAACUAUUCAGAAAUGGAGAAUGGAACGGGACAUGUCAUCUGUAAAUAUAACCCUGAACUCCCCAGUGCAUAUGUGAAGGGACUUGUGUGGUUCCAGACUUCUGUGAUCUACAUUAUUCCUUACAUCAUUAUCUUCACCUUAAACAGCCUCAUUCUAAGGCAGAUAAUUCACAGUAACAAAGUACACAGUGUUACCUGGACAGUCUUGCACAGAAACCCACCUGCAACCCAUUUUCGUAUCUGGAAGAAAUCAAUCAUCCUUUUGGUUACAGUUUCAAUGACAUUUGCCUGUCUCUGCACCACCAGGUUUGUGACUCAAAUCAUCAUAAAAACCACCUACUAUAACAUAGAUAGGCAAGAUUAUUCAAAGACCAUUAAUAUUGUAACAGAUAUUGGUACCAUGCUAGAAAUGACUAACACUGCUAUCAAUAUGUAUCUGUACGCUUGUACCCAGUCUGUUUUCCGAAAAGAGCUUAUCCGAUAUUUGCAGAGUAUACUGUGUUACUGGCAAACAAAACGAAAGCAUCCAAUGAAUGUACUUUCAGUAAUGAGCUAG